GCGGUGUUGUAGCUCCUGGAGCUUAUUGUUCACCGUCAGUUAAGUAGAGUUAAAUAGAGAUCAGAUCGGGCUGUCGUGUGUCGCAGCCAUGAACUGUCUGAGAGCGUUGCGUCUGUCAAACUCUGGACAGCUGAUCGUCAAAAACACUGAAGCGGCGAAGAAGGUUUUCAUCAUCCAGCCAGCAUGUUGUCUGAGCACUAAAUCAACAACAAUGCCCCAGAGACGACCGCUUGCUCACUUUGAUCAUUUCCAUCUCAAAACGAAUGUGUAUUCAAAGUCCCCCAGCUCUGGAGUGGAAGACAUGCUUUAUUACACCAUCACAGAGGGGAAAGAGCAAGUCCCCAUUUCAUACUUUACCUCAGCCCUAAAGAAAACUGGCCUUCACCCAUCAGACCCUCGUCUGAAGGACUGCAUGGAGAAGCUUCGACGCGCUGCAAAUGAAUCUGUUAGCGAGGUGAUAAUGGACAGAGACCUUUUCCACAGGUGUGUCGGUGGAAACAUUGUCCUGCUGAUCCAGGCCUUCAGAAAGAAAUUUAUCAUCCCUGAGUUUGAUGUGUUUGCACAAAAGAUCAAUGAAAUCUACAACACAGUGCAAAAACAAAGAGAUGGGAAGGUUGCAGACUACAUCCCCCAGUUGGCCAAGUUUAGCCCCGAACUGUGGGGUGUGUCUUUGUGUACAGUGGAUGGCCAGAGGCACUCAGUAGGUGACACCAAGCUGCCUUUCUGCCUGCAGUCCUGUGUGAAACCCCUGCAGUACGCUGUCGCUGUCCAUGAGGCAGGAACAGAGACUGUUCACCGUUAUGUUGGCAUGGAGCCCAGUGGACUCAAGUUCAAUAUGCUGUCGCUUGAUGAUGAAGAUAAACCCCACAACCCCAUGGUGAACGCUGGAGCCAUAGUGAUCAGCUCUCUUAUCAAGCCUCGUUCAAAUAAGGCAGAGAAAUUCGACUAUGUUAUGGAGUUUGUGAAAAAGAUGGCAGGUCAAGAGUAUGUGGGAUUCAGCAAUGCCACGUUCCAGUCAGAAAAAGAAACAGGCGACAGAAAUUUUGCCAUUGGAUACUACAUGAAAGAGAAGAAGUGUUUUCCUCCGGACGCAGAUAUGAUCGAUGCCCUGGACUUCUACUUCCAGCUUUGCUCCAUCGAGGUGACCUGUGAAUCAGGAAGUAUCAUGGCUGCCACUCUGGCCAACGGAGGGAUCUGUCCAAUCACAGGCGAGCGUGUCCUGAGUGCAGAGGCAGUCCGAAAUACUUUGAGUCUCAUGCACUCGUGUGGCAUGUAUGACUUUUCUGGUCAGAUGGCAUUUCAUGUGGGUUUGCCGGCCAAAUCUGGGGUGUCCGGUGCAGUACUGCUGGUGAUCCCGAAUGUCAUGGGAGUGAUGUGUUGGUCUCCUCCACUGGACAGAGUUGGAAACAGCGUCCGGGGAAUACACUUCUGUCAGGAGCUCGUGUCACUCUUCAAUUUCCACAAUUAUGACAACUUGAGGCACUUUGUGAAGAAGCAGGACCCUCGCAGACAGGGUGGAGAUGACAGGAACAAGUCUGUUUUCAGUUUGAUGUUCGCCGCCUACAGUGGCGAUGUGUCAGCCCUGAGAAGGUUUGCUCUCUCAUCCAUGGACAUGGACCUAAAAGACUAUGAUUCUCGAACAGCGCUACAUAUCGCUGCAGCAGAGGGUCACUUAGAUGUGGUGAAGUUCCUUACUGAAACCUGCAAAGUUGAUCCAUUUGUAGAAGACAGGUGGGGGAACCUACCAGUUGAUGAUGCCAUGCAGUUCGGACAUGACGAGAUGGUGAAGCUGCUGAAAGACUACCAGGAGGUCUGCAGGCAGCAGGAAAUACAGCACCCUAAGGCCGAGCAUUCCUCAAAGUUGGACACUAUCGAGGGCAUGGUGUGAUGUCUUUAAAUAAAGUCUACAAAGUGCAACAUGUUUGAAAUAUGAAGGUCAGUUUGUAGCACAUAAAAUGAGUGCCAAGCAAAGAGCAGAAUAUGACUAAAUAAACAUGAAUUAACUAUGCAAA